GGAGUCAUAAAAUAUUGCUGAUGCACAGUCUAGAGGUCAAUGUGGCCCGCCAAGCAGACGACGAGACUUGCUAUGAUAAGCAGGCAACCAUUGAACGGCGUUGGAGGUCAAGGGUUAUGUACAAGCUUUUGGAAGGUGGGGCUUCUUAGCCAUGGACACCUCAAACACAAGAAGCAGAAGGAGCAAGAGGUGGAGCAAGGGGAGGAGAAGAAUGGCCCUUCAUGAGUGGACCAGUCUCGAGGUGGCGGUCCGGCCGGUCCCACUGCGGAAUUUGAAUCGGACCUGGGCACCUUUCCGAUUAUCACAUGCUCGAAGUUCUCUGGCGUCCAAUCAGUCACAUCCCUUAUCUUUCUACCCCACAAUCUUCCUAAAGUCAGCGUUUUGUGGUUUUUGCUACACAUGGAACUUCGAAACGUCAUCUUCGCAUUAGACUUUGCUCAGCUACCGCGAAGAGAUUCGAUUACCUUCAUCUCAGCUCACGCCUAUAACAACCUCUGGCCUGCCCUGCCUUUCCAUGACCCCUGAACAUUGCUCUCGUCCUCGGCCUCGUCCUCUUCCUCCACCAGCAUCAUCAUUAUCGUCAUCAUCACCUUCAUCAAGCGUUCUAUUACGUGAGUCAGUCGGCUUCAAGCAUGAGCAUCCCCCAUCACAGAGCAGAUCGUGAUCUUUCAACACGGGGACCGGUUUCUGGCUGCUGCAUAAUCCGCAUCUUUCGCAGCGUUUCUUGCCUUCGUCCGUCCCUUCCGCCCAGCUCUACACUCGUCCUGAUCAGGGCCACUGGCUCGGUCGUCGUUGAUCUCGUCAUGGGCUCGACUCGAGUCAAUUGAAUUCGACGACAUCGACCGGCUUCGACCACGAGCACGAAAGAGCUUUUUCCACCUACUCUGAAUUAGCUUUCUAUUACGGGCCAGCGAUUUUUUGUCCUGUUUUUUUCUCUCGCACUGAAGCGCAUCAUGAAUGAUCAACUUUCCUCGCGAUGAAUCCAAAAACACUUGUCUAAAUCGCUCCUCCUUUUGUUAUCCGAUCCAUUUGCGUUUGAUUUGUCGAGCACACGGAUAUUAUCACCAACGCACUUGCUUGGCUCUGAGCUCCGUCUAUGCAACAUGCACAUGGCCAGGACAGGACAGGCAGCCUGCCUCUGAGAUCCAGAAUAGCAUCAGAGUCUACGCUCACAUCGAUCGGCUCACAGUCUCCACGUCAUUCAGCAAAGCGAGAUCAGUCGCAGCAAACCGCCUUCACAAAACAAAACCGAACUUAAAUUUGUUCUUCUCCCUCGCCCCAACAACCCCCUACCCCCAUCCCAUUCUUUCUCUCUGUACAGGGGCCGAGAUGCUUUUUAAUGGAUUAUGGAAAUCUGAGAACUGAGAGCCUAGAGCGCGUAUCUUGUUUGAUUCACUUGACUGGGAACGAUGGAUGGUCGUCAGAGAGAUGAAACUCGUGUCCAAGUUGAGCGUGGGGUCGGUCGUCCACCGGAGGAGGAGGGGCUGUGUAAAUCCAUGGAACUCGAAGGGCAUCCAGAGGCUCGAGGUCGAAUUCGCGUCAUGGAAGAGGAGCUUUUGCUCAUCGAACGGUGGAAAGGCGCAGGGAUCGCACAUCGGCAGCUGAGAAUCUGACGAUGCAUCCACAGGAAUCGAUCUGGUCCGCUCCGCGUAUCGUAGCAGAAGUACGUCACGUGCGAACAAAGUCCAUGAGUUCGGACGAUUGCAGUCCGGCGAGGAGCGGAACCUUUUCUUCUUUCCAGAUUCGAUGAAAGCAUCCGAAUCCGCGUCAUCUCGACGUCAUGCUCUGGCCGCUCAUCUACGCGGGCGAUGAUUUCUCGCACUUUUGUCAUCACAGGGUUCCUGCGAGCGUCGAAAGUUUAGGCUGCAUUUCGCAUUUCGUACUCGUACGGUGCGCGUCAACCGGGGCGAAAAAAUCUUGUUGCAUGAACCUCCUCGAUGCAUGUCUCCAAUCGUUGUAUGGACGGAUCCGGAUCUGAAUGGAUGGAUGGGACGCCGGACGGACCGCGUCUCACAUUCUCUAUGCAUAUAAUCUUCGAGAGCUAGCUGCUGGAAUCCAGGCAGGUGUAUGCAGGACCUCACCAAGUUUCACGUCCUUCUGCGUCGAGCGUCUUCCACUCUCUUUCUCUCUUUCUCUCUCUGUUCUGGGAAAUGCGCUGUCACAAAUUCACAACACUGCGUCACCGGCGCAGGCCUAGGACCGCGGAGGGCCCCCGAGCGAUGGCGUCAGCAUGAGGCGGCUGUUAUCCUUUUCUCGGGCAACAAAUUCUCUGCAAUCAUUAUAUAUGGAUUUUCUGUUGCAGAGCAUCUCGCUCUUUUGCCUCGACUGUUCAGAAUCGUUGCUUGUUACGACGUUUGUGCACUGUGCGAUCAAAUUGAUAAUAAAAAGAAGGGAGGGUGAGCGGGAGAUAGCUGUCGGCCAAAUUGCAGUGGGAGGCUCAGCUCGGUUGCUUGCUUGGGCAAGCCAGCAUAGCUUUUGCUCGUGACUGCUCCUGUCCCAUGAAGCGGGGGAUGGUUUACAACACAAGCUGCGACUGCCAUCAGUUCGAUCUAGCUCAUCUCAGCUCAGCGUUGGCGUGUCUCGGGCUCGAAUCAUUCAUGUGCAGCUAGCUGCACAAUGUCCUCCUGCUUCCGUUACCCUGGCGGUGGGGAUGCUAGUUGCAGUCCAAAGCAAAGCAAAGCAAAGCAAGAGUCGUUCUAUAAUAUUGGAUGGCAUAGAAGCCCGGCUCAGCUGAGCCAAGCCCCAGAAAGAAAACUCCCACGGCUUCUUGGAGGUAAUGCACGUCACGGGAGGUGUUGUGAUGCUCGUGGACUUGGACGAUAUUCUGUGAUACGUAGGCGUGCUUAGAGUUCGGGUAGGGAUAAGAACGCCUUGUCAUGCUACUCCAGAACUACGUGUCCUCAGAGCUCGGAGCAGAUACUGAACGAGAUGAGAUGGGAUGGGAUGUGUACCCGAUAAAUCCGAACGAGUCUACAAGCUCAUAUUGACCAACUGUUGUGAAGAUUCCUCGUCGUUGAAGCCAAUCACAUGUCCGUUCGGCACGUACCACUUGUCUGAUACAGUCAAUCGCUUCACUCGAGUAAGCAAGUGACCAACUGACUCACUCCCUCGCUCACUGACUCGCUCGCUCGCUCACUCACUCACUCACUCACUCACUCACUCACUCACUCACCGACCGGCCGACCGACCGACUGACUGACUACUGAUCAAUCAUGCACCCAAUCUUUUCGAAAAUGCACCCAAGUCACUUUCUAAUGGAGGUCCGAAGACGCUUCCCCUCUCUCCCUGCUCGCUCGCUCGAUGCAGCGGCAGCAGCCCAUGCAGACAGACGAUCUGAGUGCCAAUGGCUGGUCGGUCCAGUGAUUGAAGGUUUGGCAGACGCUGGGACGAAUCUCUGGUGUGGCGAACUGCCUGCCAAGCGCAAGCUCUAGAGAGUCGACCCAUCAUUUGGUCAAUAGGGUCUCCUAGUAUUACUAGUAUGACUAGUAUUAUAGUGUAUCUGUGCCCCGGAAAGGCUGGAGCAGAAUUCCGAAAUAUCCGAGCACCAGUAAGCUGGGGGCUGGGGGCGAGGCAGGGACGGAAGAAGGAACGAAGGAAGGGGACGGGACUGAGCGACGAGAGCAGUUGGAAAGCAGUCUGAUUCAUCCCUCUGAUGAAUGUACAGUCGACAUAUUCUUCACGAUCCAGUAGCAGAGUCGAGUCCCUGGCAAGGGUACGUGGCCUGCGGCCUCGACAGUUCAGCCUCAAGACGCAACCUGCACAACAUCGGGGAAGAAAGUCUUAGCUUGCGAAUCCAAAUUCCUUUGGUGUUGUCCGGAGGGAGAGGCGAGAGGCGAGCGGGCACAUCGAGGGGACAGGUCUAGGCCAAGGACUCCGGGAGAGGCCGGGGCAAGAAAAGGAGGUCAAAGAAGAAUAAUCUGUCCAAGUAGUUAACCCCCUUGAUAAUCGAAGGAACAGAGGGCACGAGUCAGGCCAACGUGUAGUUAUUCCACGAGGCAGAAUAAUACCACAGAAAAAUCACUCUCCACUGCUUUUUUAUACGUCUCCUCUAUGUGCACCUUGAAAACCGAAUCUUGGCCAGAGGCACACAAACACGCUUCGACCCUUCCUCAGAGCAGAGGAGGAGAGCAGGCCAGCCCAGGCCGUGUCUGGCCGGGACUCAGACUUGGACUUACUCCAGUGCUUGCUUGCAGUCGGUUGCCUUUCUCCUUGCCCUCACCUACGCUAAACGAUCGACCAUCUGCUUCCUGCUUGCCCGCUCCUCACGUAACGCACGCAAUCAGAUAUGUCUCAGGUCAUCAGUCAGCACGAAGAACGAAGGACGACAAAAGUCUCCAAUAAGUCGCUUGCUGUAGGUUUUUGGUUUCUUCUAUACUUUGUUGCUGUGCGGUCUGUUCAAGUCACGAAUAUUUAUCAGGGAAAAGGACACGCGCUCAUGCCACUAUACGCCCGAGAGAGUUCGAUCAUCUGAUGGAUGCACACUGAGUGUGCAGUCUAGCUUCUCGAUCGACGACUGCCGUUGUGUGAGCAGUCUGGUGGCCGUGGACUUAAUAUCUCACUGUGGAUCAGUAUGUCACAGCCAGCCAGCCAGCCAGCCAGCCAGCCAGCCAGCCAGCCACGCAUUAAGGGAAUAAUCAUGAUUGCCAGCUUUUGGACUCUCUGGCUUCGAGGCUCAAUAUGUGAUUGUUGCUUGUAGCAAGCAAAUGUUUUCAAGGGGAGGGCACGCAGUCUCUCUGAGCUCGAAGACGUCGUACAUCACUCCCUCUGUUUUUAAUGUUUAUACCACUUUCGUAUUCCGUCACUUUCGUAAUCCAUUGAUCUCUACAGUUUCUGCUUGUGGAGAAACUUGAAGGAAAGUGUACGAACAUCUGGGAGACUUCGGGAGUUUAGGAUGAUGAGAAACUGUUGACUUGGUAUGAACGAGGCCAAACAAAAAAUGACAGGGUGAUCCGAAAUUUGUACCUCAAUUCACUGUCUACCCAUUGUCCUCACGCCACACGGCAUCAACAGGAGCUGAAGAGACGGACGGGCAGGAAAUCAGGCAGGCAGUCAAGCAGCCGGGCACGGCAGUCAGCUAGUAACACCUCCAACAAUCCAUCAGCAUCGAAGUCAAAUAAUAUCGAGCACCAUCUCCGCUUCAUUUCGCCACAUCCUAUAUGUCAACGUGCGCAGCUGUUUAGAAAGUUUAACGUGUGCCCAAUCAUUAGGCUUAGGCGCUGCACGUAAAAAAGGAGUUUUAGGUGGAGACACUGUACUGUAUAGAAAACAUGUGUUGCCAGCAAGUAUCUUUCAAUUUCGACAAAACGUGACUCGAAGGAUAGAGUUUCGAUACACAAACUCGGGAGGCUUUCCACCUCCCGAGUUUCUGACCAGUGGUGCGAAACUGGCUUCCAUCCAGGUCAACUGUGGUAGCAUGUGACAUGUCAGAGAAGAAGGCCAACAAGCACCUACUUUGCUCCCUAACGGAAUAGCUCACGAUUAUACAUUUACCGAGGUAUUCUUUUAUGCUUGUACGACAUAUUUUCUGAUGAGAUCAGGUGAUUUGAUUUUCAGAACCUGUAAUGUAUCCGGUUCAGAUAUUGAACAUGUAGGCUGAGAACCAAUACCACCCUCCUUUUUUAUAUCAACUGCACAAUUAUAAGCAUACAUUACAUUUGGAUAUUCUUUUGGAUACAGUGCUUUUGGAUGUACAACGGGCUCGGAGCCCGUGAGCAAACACUUUGGAUUUCUUUAGGUUUGUCUGCGUGCUCCAAGGUGGCAUCUUUGCUUCUUAUGCCAGAUUUCUGGCUUGCAGGGAGCACCUUGAAAAGCAUUUAGUAUUUGGAUACAUCGGAAGAUGCAGAGAUAAUGUCCUGUUUGCUGUACAUUAU